AUGGAGGACAACGCCGAACUCGAGUCUUUUCGACGCCAGUGGCGCGAGGAAGUUGCACAAAAGACGAAACAUACAAGGCUUACUCCUGCACAGCCAAGAUCGUCCAAGCCUUCAACAGCGCCGCCAAGUCAAUUUCCACCUACCCGCCAUGAGGCAUCACAGCAUGAGGAGGAGCACGAAGGGGCUGCCUCGAUUGAUCACAGUGAAAUUGUUCACGGAAUGGGUCAACUGAGUGUGCAUCCCUCGGACGAAGAUGCUUUUCAUCCUCCAACUUCUAGACAUGAACCCAGGUCGGCUCUAGAGCAUUUUGAGCGAGCGGUUGAGAAGGAGGCAGAGGGGAAAUUAGGAGACAGUGUACAGCACUACCGCAAAGCAUACAGAUUGGACUCCGCGGUCGACAAGACAUACCGUAACAAGUAUUUCGCCACGGCGUGGAAGAAACCUACACAGGCUCCUACAACGGGCGCUACGGCUGGCAAGUCAACCGAUCAACAGACCCAAGAGGAGACGCCCGUCUUACCGACACCUGAGCUCAUCGCAUCUUUCGCUCAUCUCCCGAUCCCUCAAGCGGAACCGCUGAUCGAGAAUACUCCACCUCCACCAUGUCCUAUUUCUCACGUUCCAUCGGAGGUUCUAGUCGAGAUACUGAGGCAUGUGGCACUGAUGGAUCCGGCGGCCCUUUGCCGAAUGGCACUGGUCUGCAAGCGCUUUGCUUACCACUUUGCGCAUGAGCAGCAUAUCUGGAGGCGACUCUGUCAGGGCUCGGAGUUCGGUUUCAAAUCUAUGCACUAUUCAUUUGCUUGCGACAUUCACGGUAACCCGGAGCAUACGCUAGGAACACGCUACACGCCUUUCCCUCGGUCGAUGCCUGUUCAGAUUCCCGAACCUCUGUCUUCGUGGAGUGAGGUCUUCCAAGUGUUUCCCCGGGUCCGGUACACGGGUAUCUACAUUAGCACUGUCAACUACACUCGGCCAGGUGCUGCUGCUGCGUACCAGAAUGUCUCAUGGAAUAGUCCGAUUCAUAUUGUCACGUACUACCGAUACCUUCGUUUCUAUUCGGACGGCUCCGUGGUCUAUUUACUUACUACAGUGGAACCCCGCGAGGUGGUCCCUCACAUUAGCAGAGAGAACGUCAAGGUCGCCCGAGCGACGACACAGAAACAACACCCUCGCCACACCUCAGAUGCCACUGUAAGCGCCGAAUCCACGGAUGCCAUUCCUCAUGUCGCGCUGGAAGCGUUGAGACACGCCUACCGCGGUCGGUGGCGCUUGGCCAAGCCCGUUGCCGACUCUGACUCAUCGUCGGAAGACGCGCAGAAUGAGUUGCCCACUGCAUACGAGUCGUUGCCUGACAAGGCCGCCGCAUCCCCAUCAGAUCCUCGGGACCUUAUCAUUGAAACCGAAGGCGUCGGUCCGAAGUACAUGUAUCUCUUGCAACUAUCGCUCCGGUCAACCCCGGCAGCCAAGUCGAAACAGCCCAACGUCUCACCGCCGAAUCCAUCGAAGAACACGAAGCUGGCUUGGAAGGGAUAUUGGAGCUACAACAAACUCACCGACGACUGGGCUGAGUUUGGUCUCAAGAAUGAUCGCUCAUUUGUCUUCCGGCGCGUUCGUGGAUGGGGCUUGGACUGA